CAGAGCUCAGUCUGGAUGUGCUUAUGGUCUCCUCUGGCCUCAAAAUCUGCACAUCUCCAGGAACUACUGCAGAAUAUUGAGUGUCGAGGAAAAUCUGUCCCAGCUGCAGUGGGCCAUCCGCUGUCUAAAGAGGGUCCUGCUGACCGACCGUUCAUCAGCCUCUCCUCUGUAUCAGCAGCACUGAGCCUUAGCAAAGGCAAAUCAUGCUCCCGGUAUUUCUUCCAAACCUCCUGGUAUGGGGAGGGAGACAGAGAGAAGCUUCAGAAACCCAGUGUAAGGAGUGUCUUGCGCAGUCAUGCUGCUUGGAGGACAGAUUCUGCAUCCAAAAUGAACUACGAAAAUCCUCCACCUUACUCCGGCCCGGGACCGACUGCCCCUUACCCACCCUACGUACAACAACCAGGUUGUCCUCCUGGCCCCUAUCCUGGCUAUCCUCCUGGACCUACAGGGCCGUACCAGCCAGGUCAGCCAGGUUAUCAAGGUUAUCCGCAGUAUGGAUGGCAAAAUGCACCUCCGCCUCCAGGACCAGUGUACACAGAGGGGCCUAAAAACACAGUGUACGUCGUGGAGGAGCGGCGAAGGGAUGACUCAGGCGAGAGCGCCUGCCUGACGGCAUGCUGGACCGCGCUCUGCUGCUGCUGCCUCUGGGACAUGCUGACCUGACUCUGCUGAAGCCACCUCUCAUACCUCUUACUGAGUGCUAUGCAGUCUCCCCACUCCUCUCCUGACUCCUUUCUGUUACUGUAAUCAACGCUCUGCUUUGCACAGCCAAGAGUUCCUGUCAGUCCUAGCGCCUUGUUGGGUGGGGGGUGCACUCCUUAUUUUAGUAAGGGAAAUCCCUUUUUAACAUUUCUAAGACUUUUGUUGUAACUUUGAAGAAUGUGCUCGUGGUGUAUUUCAGCCAAAGGCAUUCUGAUGAAAUGUAUAUUUAUCAGUUGAAAUUUUCCUAGUCCUAGAAAUGAAGAUAUAUGCAACAAUUAAAGCCAACGGUUGAUUUUCUUUGCUAGGUCACGAUUGUUUCAAUAAAUCUGUCCUGUAGAGAG